UGCGGGCUUGAUGGGCCUAAGUGCUUCCGGGAUCGGGAAGUGACGUUAGAGGUAAACAGGUUCUGUCGCCGUGGCAGCGGCUGAGGCUGCUGGGCAGGGUGUCGGCUGCAGCCGACUGGAGAGAGGCGCUGACUUCCGACGUUAGCCUGGGUCUCCGGCGCUGUCGCUGCGGAGUGAACAGAUGCGCGUGUGGUGGGAGUUGGGAGAGAAUCCGGUAGUCGGCUUUGAACGCUCUCUGUUUCUUCUCCGGUCUGACGCUUCUCAUUCAACAUCCUUUCCAGCCGUGCGGCUGGCUCAGGCCAGCUACACUCUGUGCUCCUCCAGGGCAGGCACCACGUUGCACGCACCUUUAUCCCCAGCAUCUAGCAGUGCUGGCAUGUAGUUGGCACUCCAGGAAUGUGUGUUGAAUGAACGAUGCCUGUGACAAGCAACUGGACUUUAUUCUUUCCUGACCCUUGCUCCUAUGACACACCUCUCCCUGGCUGACUCUGUCCGAGAACCUCUCUUCUCUGGGGAAGCUGGAAGGCAAACAGCCAUGGCCAAGGACAUCCUGGCUGAAGCAGGGCUGCACUUUGAUGAGCUGAACAAGCUGCGGGUGUUGGACCCAGAGGUUACCCAGCAGACCAUAGAGCUCAAGGAAGAGUGCAAGGACUUUGUGGACAAAAUUGGCCAAUUUCAGAAAAUAGUUGGUGGCUUAAUUGAGCUUGUUGACCAGCUUGCAAAGGAAGCAGAAAAUGAGAAGAUGAAGGCCAUUGGUGCUCGGAACUUGCUCAAAUCUAUAGCAAAACAGAGAGAAGCCCAACAGCAGCAACUUCAGGCACUAAUAGCAGAAAAGAAAAUGCAGCUUGAAAGGUAUCGGGUUGAAUAUGAAGCUUUGUGUAAAGUAGAAGCAGAACAAAAUGAGUUUAUUGACCAAUUUAUUUUUCAGAAAUGAACUGAAAUUUUCAUUUUCUAGCAGGAGGGCAAAAAAAGGAAAAAACCCCAACCCCCAAACCAGAAAAACCUCUGUACCAUUCCAUGACUUGGCCAAUGACCCGUGUGUGUCAUGUGAGAAGCUGUGUGAAGAACUGCAGCCUCUCUGAAGGCAGUAACAAACCUGGGGGAGUCCGUUACAGAUGUCAGUGCACAUCUGCAGGCGAACGUCCAGUGGCCAUCGUGGUCCAGGUUCUCACCUCUUGCGUUCUCAGUCUCAACUGAGCAGCCUGUCAACUUUUUUGUAAAUUCACAAAGCUUUGGAAGGAAAAGCAAUAAAUUAUUAUUUUCAAA